CUUUCACUCUACGGCUGAACAGGCUCUUGGCCGAUGUCCGCCCUUCUGAAUGUCCAGCAAGUCAUUCGGCUCUCUGAUAACAUGCUAUCGACUUAGCAGACCAAAUAAAGGCUUUAACCGCGCCGUUGUACGACAAUAUUUGACGCGGUUUCCCAGGCCACCUCCGAGAAACCAUGAGACCUCUUUGGACCUGGAGCGUACGGGCUUGGAUGCGCCACUAUCAUCUUCUCCAGAAAUAAACCCGGCACCAUACCUCAAACCCUGCCCGGCCGACCCUGUGGAGACCGAUUCCAUAACUGCGCCUUCUGAGAGCAAUACCUAUCUUCGCGACACCCAGGAACAGCUCUUUGAGAUCGAUUAUCCUCAUAAUAAGAAAGAUGAAGAUGGAGAAGCUCAGCCAGACUGUGGGCUUAUUAGUCCACGACCGGAAUCUCAUUGGCCUGCUUCCUCUCCCCUGAAGAGCUCUCGAUGGAAAUCGACACCCAGUCCUCUCGGUCCCUCUCCCAAUUGGCAAACGUGGUUUGGUAAUACGUGGAAUAGCUUGUACAAACAAUUGAUAUUUCCUGAAGAUAAGGAUCUUUCAAAAGCACGAGAACGCCUGGAAAAACAUCGACUAGUGGCCGCAAGCUUCGUUCGGUAUCCCGAUGUCCAGACCUUGCAUGCAGCCUGGCUGGACGUCCCGAUAAGUACAAAGCAGGAACUUCUUCCCUCGAUUCUCGCAGGCUGUCUUGCCGACUCAGCGCGCAAGACCCUGAUGAUGCUCACGAUGCUUAAAGGCCUCCCUCGUGCCUGGAAGACACGUUGUGAAUGUUUGUGUUAUCUCGACUUGGUGCACCGGGAGGAGGUCGACGCCUCUUCGAAACUGCGAAAUCUAUUCAGCAAACAAGUCGAACUGGUAUCUCGGGUCUGGACAUGGCCUAAAGAUGGAGGAUUUCCGCCAGCAUUUCUCGCCCUACUCCUCCGCCACAAUGGAGAGGAGCGAUGCACAAGAAUAAUAGACACCGUCCUCGCCCGGCAUAGGAUGGUGCCAGUGCCAGUGCCGCUCAUCCUGAUCAUGGUUGAUCACUUCACAAAAGUUGGUGACGCGAAUCGAGCAAUUGAAAUGCUCUCUCGGAUACCAGUCGAGCAGCGUAAGAACUUUCAAAAAGAAAUGCUCGAUCGAUUCGGAAAUCUUAUCAAACUCGACACCAUUGUAGAAACGGAUGGCGUGCGUAAUUUCCAAUUGCUGCCGAGACUAAUGGACUUUGGCAUCACCAUGGACGCAAAGAUUCAUAAUCUCAUUAUUGAGAGAGCAAUCGCUUUGGGAAGGCCCGCUGUUGCUUGGGAACUGUUCCGGUUCAUGGAAGCUGAGGGUAUCGAUGUUGAUGCCCGAAGGCAUCUUCUUCUGUUGCGGGACAGUUUUGACCGAGAUGAUCAUGAUCACCUGGAUGAAAUCAUGUCCGCAAUUCAUCGACGCGAGGACUUGUACGACGAUCCUUACCUGGUAACAUAUAUGAUGCAUAUCAUUAGGGUCGUAUGUCGCAUUGACCGCCAGUUGUCUGCAGAAAGCUCAGUGUCCCACAUUGUUGCAAUCUACGAUAGAGCAUACAGUCGAGUCCCCCUUGUCAAGCUUGGCCUCAUCGAAACCCUUCCGGCAGAGCGAGCCUUUCAGCAGCAGCCUCCCGAGCCGCCCCCAGCCGUACUAGCGUUCACGAUAUGGGCUUUCACGCUUUGUCAAAACGAUGAACGGCAGGUAUCGCGAUUGUGGCACUGGAUUGUGCAUAUGAUCAAGCAACAAGACAGAUCAGUUCGUGAAGCGGCGGCCCAUGAUGUUUUAUAUAACGGCUUCAUCCACUUUUACAGUCGUCAUCCUUCAACUCUGGACAAAGCUCUUGGAGUGGUGCAAGAGAUGAUCGACCUCCAGCUCUGCAUACCCACGAAACGUACCUGGAGCGAGAUUCUGUGCGGCUUCUUGCGACAUGGUGAAGAUGAGACGGCUGCAAAGAUAUGGCGGAACAUGCUGUCAAAUCAGAUGCGCUCUAGUAAGCCCGGUUGGGAGUUUCUGCUUACAAGAUUCGACAAGUCUCUUCUGGCAGGCGAGAUUCAGGACGUGCUUAACGAGAGGCGCAUGCCGGAGGGAUUCGAGCCUACUUUCGGUGAAAUUGAAGGCGCUUCUCCGGAAAGCCCAGAGGCGAAGCAAGCAGCCACAAUUUGAUCGUGAUCCUUCCUAGUCAACAUGUUUCUUCCUAGCUGGUGUGCUGCAGACAUGACUCGACCCCAACUCGCCACGAUCGGCCUGUUUGAACAAGAUCCGAAGAAACAAUCAGGCUGUAAGAAGUUGCAUACUGGGACUAGGGGGCAAGGGUCCCCUGUGGCGGGGUUCGCACCCCGGCCCUGCGGGCCCUCCUCCGUCCUAACUUUCACGGGUCCUUGUCAUGUCAAGUCCUGACGUGAAUCGGUGCUUGAGGUCCUCUGCAGAGUAUAGCCACCUUAGGUAGCUUUCGAGUGGCUGGAAGAGUCAAGCGGUGUGAAUUAGGCUGGUGAGGCUGAGACUCCAUCUGGACCAGGAGCAGGUGCGGGUGGAAAUGGUGAUGCUCUCUUGUGAUCUUCCGUCGGGGGCCCCACCAAAUGCCUAGAAGAGCAUGGUGGAAAAGCCGGGAAACCCCCAUCUUUAGGCGGUUACUAUAGGGCUAUGAUAAGCCUGAAUUAGGAGUCGCCGGAUUGAGGUAGUCCGCCAUCUAGGAUGUGCUCCCGUAGUGAAGGGCGACAUGCAAUACGUCGUAGAUGCUCAGCUGUGACGGAGUUGCGAC